AAUUGACCAAGCAAGUUUGACGUAGCGGUGCAGUAUAUUCGUGUUCUGUGGUGCAGUAGCUCUGUGAUGAUUUGUCAAAACAAACGAAGUUUUGAGUGUUUUGGUAUGAGCAUUUGAAAAUUUGGUAAUUUUUUCCCAUUUAGGAAUAUGGCUUCGCAUUUACAAGGACGCAAAGUCGAUAUCUCCUUGGUCCAGACUACUGCCAGAAAUAAUUUGAUAAAUUUAUUGGAGAAAUGUCCUGGAACGAAAGCCAUUGUUUGGGACUCGAGCCUAGCAGGCCCAGUAGGAUUAGUUGCCCAAUAUUCAAUUCUGAGUGAGCAUCAAGUGAUCAAAAUGUUUCCUCUUCGAUCUUUGCCUCUACCUGAAAAUGAUGUAUCGCAUGUAAUAUUCAUAACAAGACCAAAGCUUGAGUUGAUGGACUAUAUCAGUCAGAAUGUACAUGCAGAUUGCCGAACAAAAAGUGGCCCUAAGAAGCAAUAUCAUUUGUUUUUUGUACCGAAGAAAAGUUUGAUAUGCUUAGAGAGAUUGAAGCACAGUGGGGUCUUAGGAAACGUUAUGUUGAUAGAGGAAUUUGUAUGCGAAUUAUUUCCAUUUGAUUCAGAUUUGGUUUCAAUGGAAAUUCCUGAGGUUUUCAGGGAAUAUACUUUAGAAAAUGACCCAACUUAUUUGUAUCAAACAGCACAAGCUAUUGUGUUUCUACAGAAGCUUUAUGGUCCAAUUUCUAGAGUUUGGGGCAAGGGAGCUGCAGCAAAGCAAGUUUGGGAUCUAGUUGUACGACUGCAAAGAGAACACAACAAUUCUGGAACUAGCAAAACUAAUCAAAAAUCUUGUAUUGAUAAAAUAUUCUUGAUAGAUCGUUCAGUUGAUCUUAUAACUCCAUUAGCAACUCAACUCACUUAUGAAGGAUUAAUUGAUGAAAUAUUUGGCAUAAAUAAUUCAACUGCAAGUUUUCCUAUUCACAACUUCCUCACUACUGAAGAAAAGAAUUCAAAUACUUUGUCUGAAGAUAAGAAACAGAUCAUCUUGAAUUCGGGGGAGAUGUUGUUUGCUGAUAUCAGGGAUAAAAACUUCAAUGCUGUUGGUGCAUAUCUAUCACAGCAGGCCAAAUCUAUCAGUGUCCAGAUGGAGAAUAUUCAAGAAAAAUCCGUAGAAGAAAUGAAACUGUAUGUUCAAAAGUUGCCGCAGCUUUUAGCUAAGAAGAAAGCCUUAGCUCAUCACACUGCUAUAGCUGAAUGCAUCAAAGAAGUCACUGAUAGUUAUGAUUUUUUGGAUGUCUUACAAACGGAACAAGAAUUCUUAAAUUCUAUUGAAGUUGAUAAAUCCAAUUCUUUCAUUGAGGAUUUGAUAUGUCAACAGAAGCCAUUGGUGAAAGUACUGAGACUUAUCUGUCUUCAGUCGUUGACUGCUUCGGGAUUGAAACCUAAAGUAUUGGAAAAUUAUAAGAGAGAAUUGGUACAGAGUUACGGACUAAAAGCCCUGUUAGCUGUAACCAAAUUGGAGAAAGUGGGGCUUUUGAAGGUACAAGCUAGCACAAGACAAUAUACAGUGCUGAGAAAGACUCUGAGGCUAACGAUGGAAGAUACCUCUGAAAUGAAUCCGACAGAUAUCAGUUACGUCCAUAGUGUUUAUGCCCCUCUCAGUAUAAGGCUUACAGAACAGGUGACUAAACAUGGCGGUUGGAAGCAGCUACAAGAUGUCUUGGGGCUUUUACCAGGGCCAACGUUAGAUGAGUCACCUAUCAUUCCGAGUAAUCUUUUGGGUGCAGAAUCGAAUGAUGGCACUAGUGUGGUACUAGUUUUCUUCAUUGGUGGGUGUACGUUUGCUGAGAUAUCUGCCCUGAGAUUCUUAUCGCAAUUAGAAGAUUCCAACGUUGAAUUUGUCAUAGGAACAACGAAACUUAUUAAUGGUACAACUUUCAUCAAUUCCAUAAUCGAUUCUUAUUGAUAACGGGAUG